AUGGACACAGAUUCUCUGCAACAACAACUACAACUCAUAUACUAAACAUUUAGUCUAGAUUAAUCAACAUUCAAAUUAAUGUAGGAAAUGACAAAUAACUAUAUUUUAAAUAAUAAAACGAAUGAUUAUAUAGUCAUUCCAAGAUUAGCUUUGUGGUUGGCUUCAAAAUAAUAGCAGAUAGUUGCAAUAGACGGUUCUAUAGUCUAUGGUUCAGGGAUAUCCUUAAAUUCCAUUAUAAAUGAUUGUUAAAAUAAAGGAAUCACUAAUAUCGAUCAAUUGAUUGAUGUGGCUAUUAACAUGGUUACGGAAUUAAAAGUCGAUUAAACAUGCUAAAAGACAUUAACUCUCCUGAAACAUAACAACUAAAUCUUAAAUAUGUUUUAUUAAAAAAUGGAGGCACUUUUACUCCAUUUCAAAAUGAACGAUUAAAACAUUCUCAUCAAAAAUAUCACUUGGCUCCUAUUUUUGAUUACAAAAAGUAAAUAUCAGCAAUAUUCAAAUAGAAUCUUUAAAUUUGCAAGACGUCGUCCAAUCUACAUGCAUUCUGAUAUCAAUUCUAACAACUAUACUUAGUUAAUUAUUGAAUAUUUUCACAACUACAAAUAAAAUACUCUCAGAAAUCAAGAAGUCAGCUGCAGGAGAAGAUGAACAAUAAUUACAAAUACAACAAUUUCUAAUCAAUUAAUUCAAAAUCUAAGACUUAGAUCUAUUCUCUUCGAUCAACUUGCAAGCCAAAUAGCAAUAUGCUGAAUUGAUAAAAUAGAAUGUCGUUAAGCAAUUAAAGAGUAACUCUGGGUUUUCAAUUUUCAUGGUUAGCAUUAUCAAUUCAAAUUAAUACAAGUUGGAUCAAUAAUAUAAGCAACUCCUCAAAUCAGAUGAAUUUGAUGAAAGAUUGCUCAUUCCUGAUAGAUAAAAAAAUUUGACACCCAAGAAACUAACUCCAAAUCUUAAUACUCUCAAAUCCAACAAUAUUAAAUAAUUGGCCAUGCAAUCCAAGUAUGAUUAAAGUAGAGAAUAAUAAACAACUUCAUAAUAACAGUAAUAAAAUAGAUAUCAAAAAUUGUUGAAUUAUGAAUUAGAUACGAAAAUUACUCUUACAACUAAUUUGAGAGAAAUUAAGUUACCAUAAACUGUCUUAAUGUCUCCUUAUGCGUAAUAAUCAAUUGUGGCCACUCCAAUGACUGAAGCUAUGGAAAUGUACAAUUGGAUGCAUGAAAAAUAAUAGCCUUUUAAAAAGUUAUUUAAGAAUGGAACCUUGA